AUGCUUCCUUAUUACGGUGAUCACUGGAAGAAGGCCAACAUCUACGACCCAAUAAUGCUCUCCGCCAGGCGCUUCUUCCCCGACAAGGCUCUCCUCAGCGCUGCGUUUUGCUUUUGGAACUCAUCAUCCAACACUAUGGACUUGCCUCUCGGGAUGGUGAGUGUGAGUCUGCUUGACGUUGCUGCCAUUGCUGGGUUUAGGCCUCAUGGCACCGCUUAUGACUGCACUGCUCCGUUGAAGCCCAAAACCAAGUUUAGGUGUGGUCGGCACUUCGAAUAUGGGAGUUGGAUAGACUAUCAUAAUAGUGACAAAAGCAACAAAGUUGUCGAUCAAGAGCACAUAGCGUUCCUCCUCUACUGGCUCUGUAGGUAUGUCUUCUGUGUACCUUCAGGGAUUAGUAAAGAGUGGUCUCAUUUGGCAGAAGUUUUGCAUCGAGGAACUGAUGUGGCCUUAGGUGAGUUGGUGCUAGCCUCACUGUACAGGGGUUUGCAGAAAAUCACUGUCAACCCAUUUGAUGGUAAAGCUGAGGGGCCACUUUGGCUGUUCCAAAUGUGGUUACAGAUUUACUUCCCAGACCUAGGCCCGGUUAGUGCAUUUCCUGCCGAGGAGGUUAUGGGGGUUAGGUUGACAGACCAAGUCCCAAAACCACACUCCCCUCGUGAUUGCUUUGCAACGUUGUGGAGUUUGAAAUCAAACCCAUGUUGGACGCACACCUUGACGAGAAGGUAUCCCGGUUUCCUAAGGAAUAGGUUCAUGGAUGGUCCAACCUCUGAUGGUGCCUUAGAUGAGGAAAUACAAGCUGUGCUAACGAGUGUGGUGGUGCAGAGAGAUCUGCUGUAUGGAGGGAUGAAAAAUGGUAGAUAUUAUGGAGUCCAGGCCGAAUUUUACGGCCCGAACCAUUUCAGUAGGCAGUUUCGUUUCCUACAAGGAAUUCCUCACUCUGGUCAUAAAAGCGUUAAUUGUUAUACCUCAUGGAGGGAUGUACUAAAAGAUGCUGCGGAAAUCAGAGGCGUGUUAAAUUCCAGUCGUUCCACUAAGUUGAAACCAUUCCUCACCAGGUAUGUGCUAACCUCUGAAACUACCCCAGGCUUUGACAAAUGGUGGCAUAGUCAAACCAAAGAUCGAUUUUCGGUAGAACAUGAUGGGCCCUUUGCUAUCUUAUAUAUGCAUUGUCCGUUCCGGGAUAGCCAUCAUCUAGAAGUUCCAGGCUUUUCCCCUGCUGAUGGAGAAAGGGAAGAAGGUGAAGAGGGAGAAGCUAAAGUUGAAAGCCCUCUCCCUACUGACAAGAAUCGAAAGAGGAAAGGCAACACAAAUGCUCCAAAAUCAGCUAGGCAGAAGACUACUCAAGUCACAGUAUCUGGAAUGAAGACAAAUGGAUCCAAUAAUGAAGAAGCAGAGGAAAUUGAUGGCCGUCAUACCCUGAAUGUUGAUGGCUUGUCUGGAGCUCAAAUUAAGGAAUCCACUGUUGACCACCAAAAUGCUGUUGUUAAGCCAAAAUAUAUAACUUCAACUUCUAAAAAUACCUUCAGAUCUAUGAAAAAGCUGAGGUCAGAUUUUUCAAGUGACACUUCUGAAAACGCUGAUAACAUCGGAACUGAAGAACCUGAACAGACUGAAGGGCCAUUGAUGGGAACUGGGGAGUUAGGAAGUAAACAAAUGUAUAGCGAUGCUGCUGCCUUCGAAACUGCCCCCUUACUUACCAGUAUGCACCCAGCUCAAAGUGAGCCAACCACGCCAGUUCAAGGAUUACUAGACGGCAAUGUGAGGACCCUCUCAAGAGAGGAAAAGUUGAAAAAGUUUGAAAAUAUUGAAAAUAGUGUGGCAAACUCAUCUGUCGAAGCUUCCAAAGCUGAAGAUGAUCAUGCUUAUUCCGUUAUUGACGAUGUGGUGGUUCGAGGCACGAGGGCGAUUUUUCAUGAUGGCCAGGUCCCAACAUACCUAAGAGAGGCAUUAAAUUAUGUUAGAGGCAGAAGUUGGCUAAGCCAUGUUUUGAUUGAUGCUCUUGAUGAGUAUUUUAAGGAGCUUAAUUGCGCCCAGACGAAAAUGACUAUGAAUUCCAAUAAGUUAACGUUGCUCGAAGAUGAAGUUCGACGAGAUAAGGACAUCAGGGAUAAGCUGGAUAAAGCUUCAAAUGAAGGAAAGCAAUUGCAAAUUGCAGCAAUACAAAGUGCGGAGGAAAUUUCUCGACUUGAUGAAGAAAUAAAGGUACUUAAAGCAGAGAGAGAGGAGGAAGAGCGUAUGAUGGCACUAGAUAAAAAUAUUAUUGAUGAGAAAUUUGCACUCAUUAGUUCCUUUGAACUUGAAAUGUCCAAGCUCCCCGAUCGUGGUUCUGAAAUGAUUGCCUGCCAAAUAAAGGAUAAACUUUACGACAUGAGGAGUGACUCUAUACGUCGGGCCAUAAACGAGCUACUUUCUAAUAUCUAAAACCUCAGUUCAUGUUUACCCCUUGCUGUGUCCCAAGUCACUUGGAUCAGCUGGAAGAGGGUGUUAGUAGAGGUUUUGUGUCUUAGUUUCUUGUAUUUUCUUUCUGUCAUCGGGAAAAAAAAAAAACAAGAGAAAAACUCAGUUCAUGUUUUUUUUAUUCUUUUCUUUUCUUUUUCCUAUGAUCACUUGGUAGUUCAUUUGUAUGGUCCAACCUCCGAUAGUGCCUUGGAUGAGGAAAAACAAAGCUGUGCUAACGAGUGUCGUGGUACCGAGAGAUCUGCUUUACGGAGGGAUCAAAACUGGUAAAUAUUGAGGAGUCCAGACUGAAUUUUACGGCCAAACCAUUUCAGUAGGCAGUUUGGCUGCAUACAAGGAAUUUCUUACCCCCACCAACAAGAAUCGAAAGAGGAAAGGCACCACAAA